AUGAUAAAGCCAGCAACGUAUGAUGGCAGUGGUCCAUGGUUGGAUUAUCAUGCGCAUUUCGAGGCAUGUACGGAAAUCAGUGGAUGGAAAUAUCCUCAGAAAGGAUUGUAUUUAGCAGUUUCUCUUCGGGGAAAUGCGCAAGGAGUGUUAGGUAACAUGCCAAAGGGGACAAAGCCCGAUUAUCAAACACUUGUUAAAGCCCUUGAAGACAGAUUUGCACCCCCGAGUCAAACGGAGCUAUACAGGGUGCAGAUGCAUGAACGGCGCCAAAGAGCUGGAGAAAAUCUCCCUGAGUUAGGACAGGCUAUUCGCAGACUUGCCAACUUAGCCUAUCCCACUGCGUCAGCUGAGAUUCGGGAAACACUGUCUAAAGACCAAUUUGUGGACGCAUUGGUCGACUCUGAAAUGCGCAUCCGCAUAAAGCAGGCGCGUCCUAAACAUCUUAAUGACGCUAUACAAUUGGCUGUCGAAUUAGAAGCUUACAACAGAGCUGAGAAAAAGAACUAUGCGCGCCCAACUACCGUUGAAUCCGUUGAAGGAAAAACUGUCUCAAUGCUCGAGGAAUUAAGCGCAAAGUUUGAAUCUAUGCAGAGAGAACUCAGAGAAAUGAAAGCGGAGCGCAAUGAAAGUUCACAGCAAUCCCGACCAUGGAAAGCAAAUCAAACAUUGGGGACACAGAAAAGAUGUUACUUUUGCCGUAAGCCGGGACAUUUACGCAAGGCUUGUAGAGCUUUUCAGGCGCAGUAG